AUGAAAACAAUUUCAGCAUCCACAGCCUCAGAAACAACACCACCAAGCACAUCAAACAGCAAUACUAGCCCUACACUAGCAGACAUUGUAAUAACUUUAGCAUCCACAGUCUCUACUCCAACGCCCAGUACUACAGGCAGCCCAGCAGCAUCUACACUGGUAGAAGAAAGUACAAUUUCAGAAUCCAGUGUUUCUAAUACUAAAACAUCCAGCACAACAGUCAGAACUGCAGCAUCUACACUGUUUGAAGUGAGUACAACUUCAGCAGUCACCGUUGUAAAUACUUCAGAAACCAGCCAAUCAAUUAGCAUUACUUCUUCACCAGCAAAUAUAAAAACAACUUCAGCAUCCACAGCCUCAGAUAGAACAGCACUAAGCACAUCAAACACCUCAGAUAGAACAGCACUAAGCACAUCAAACAGUAAUACUAGCCCUACACAAGCAGAAAUUGUAACAUCUUUAGCAUCCACAGUCUCUGAUACUAUGACACCCAGUACAAAAGGCACCACAGCAGCAUCUAGACUGGUAGAAGAGAGUACAAUUUCCACAUCCACAGUCACUGAUACCUCAGAAACCAGCCAAUCAAAUAGCCUUACAUCUUUACCAGUAAAUAUAAAACCAAUUUCAGCAUCCACAGCCUCAGAUAGAACAGCACCAAAGACAACAAACAGCAAUACUACCCCUACAUUAGCAGACAACUUCAUCCAGCAGAACUGUGAGGGCUGCACUUCGACUAUCGAACGCAUCAAAUUCAACAGAGACUCUCAGAACUAA